GCACCCUGUAGGGGGCAGUGUGAGGAAAGCGACCCCAAAUCAGCAGAUUCUCAGACCUCGUGCUCAGUUGCCAGGACUCAUGGACCCGCUGAGGCAAGGACUGCUGAGGAAGUCCAGGCACCCUCUGGAGAUGGUCGCCCUGCUGGCCUUGCUCAUAGCCAUGGCCUUACCAUUGGCUCAGACCAAGGACAGGAUCAGGAGAGCAGAGAGAAUGAGGUGUCACGUCUGUGAGGCAGAGAACAGCUUUAACUGCACGAACCCUGUGGACUGUCCUCAUGACAAACAGUUCUGUGUGGUGGCUGCCGUUCGAAUAUUUGAACGUUUCUACCUUACUUCAAAACAGUGCACCAAAGCCUGUCCAGUCCCUGCACUUUUGCUACAGGGCAUGCGGCCUAAUGUACCUCCUGAGCCUAAGCCGUUUUUGGUCCAAAACUCCUUGCCCUUCAUAUACACGCGGUGCUGCAAAUGGAGCUUGUGUAAUCAGGGUGGGCCGAACAUGCCGAAGUUCAAGGAGCAGCCUGGAAAAGCCAGCGAGAGAAGAGAAACUGAGCUCUCCCUCACUGUCUUCAUAGUCCUUACUGUCCCUGCUCUCACAGACCUCAGCCUGCUCUAAGGUGCAGAGACCUGGAGCAUGCCUUGUGGGACAGGAAUUCCUGGUACCCUGCUGGACCCUUCUAAUUAAAUGUGUUCUCCUUGUUAA